AUGGGAGGAGGCAACGGUCAAAAGGCCAAGAUGGCACGUGAGAAGAACUUGGAGAAGCAGAAAGCCGCCGGCAAGGGAAGCCAGCUUAAAACAAACGAGAAAGCCAUGUCCAUCCAGUGCAAGGUGUGUAUGCAAGCAUUUAUGUGCACCACAUCAGAGGUGAAGUGCAGGGAGCAUGCUGAAGCAAAGCAUCCCAAGUCUGAUGUGUACGCUUGUUUCCCUCAUCUCAAGAAAUGA